UGCCCGGAAGCGGGACGGCGCAGGCCCAUUUCCGCCGGGCCGGUGACAGCGGGACGGGCAGGACCGGACCGGACCGGGCCGGGCCGCACCGGGGAGGAAGGCGGGCGGGCCGAAGGACGAGGAGGAGGAGGAGGCGGCGGACAUCUUGGCCUCCCCGUCCCCGACCUUUCCUGACCCUCACGGCAAACCACGGGACCAAAAUGACCGACUCCAAGUACUUCACCACCACCAAGAAAGGGGAGAUCUUCGAGCUGAAGGCAGAGCUCAACAGCGACAAGAAGGAGAAGAAAAAGGAAGCAGUGAAGAAAGUGAUCGCGUCCAUGACCGUUGGCAAGGAUGUCAGCGCUCUCUUCCCUGACGUGGUCAACUGCAUGCAGACGGACAACCUGGAGCUGAAGAAGCUCGUCUACCUCUAUCUGAUGAACUACGCCAAGAGCCAGCCGGACAUGGCCAUCAUGGCCGUCAACACCUUCGUCAAGGACUGCGAGGACCCGAACCCGCUGAUCCGGGCCUUGGCGGUGCGGACCAUGGGCUGCAUCCGGGUGGAUAAGAUCACGGAGUACCUGUGCGAGCCGCUGCGCAAGUGCCUCAAGGACGAGGACCCCUACGUGCGCAAGACGGCCGCCGUGUGCGUCGCCAAACUCCACGACAUCAACGCCCAGCUGGUGGAGGACCAGGGCUUCCUGGACACCCUCAAGGAUCUCAUCUCCGACUCCAACCCCAUGGUGGUGGCCAACGCGGUGGCCGCCCUCUCGGAAAUCGCCGAGUCCCAUCCGAGCAGCAACCUGCUGGACCUGAACCCGCAAUCCAUCAACAAGCUGCUGACGGCCCUGAACGAGUGCACCGAGUGGGGCCAGAUCUUCAUCCUGGACUGCCUGGCCAACUACAUGCCCAAGGACGACCGCGAAGCCCAGAGCAUCUGCGAGCGGGUGACGCCCCGGCUGUCUCACGCCAACUCGGCGGUGGUGCUGUCGGCCGUGAAGGUGCUCAUGAAGUUCAUGGAGAUGCUGUCCAAGGACCUGGACUACUACGGCACCCUGUUGAAGAAGCUGGCCCCGCCGCUGGUCACCCUGCUCUCCGCCGAGCCCGAGCUGCAGUACGUGGCCCUCCGCAACAUCAACCUCAUUGUGCAGAAGAGGCCCGAGAUCCUGAAGCACGAGAUGAAGGUGUUUUUCGUGAAGUACAACGACCCCAUCUACGUCAAGCUGGAGAAACUGGACAUCAUGAUCCGCCUGGCGUCCCAGGCCAACAUCGCCCAGGUGUUGGCUGAGCUGAAGGAGUAUGCGACCGAAGUGGACGUGGAUUUUGUUCGCAAGGCGGUGCGGGCCAUCGGGCGCUGCGCCAUCAAGGUGGAGCAAUCGGCCGAACGCUGUGUGAGCACGCUGUUGGACCUGAUCCAGACCAAGGUCAACUAUGUGGUGCAGGAAGCCAUCGUGGUCAUCAAGGAUAUCUUUCGCAAGUACCCCAACAAGUACGAGAGCGUCAUCGCCACCCUGUGCGAGAACCUGGACUCCCUGGACGAGCCCGAGGCCCGGGCGGCCAUGAUCUGGAUCGUGGGCGAAUACGCCGAGCGCAUCGACAACGCCGACGAGCUGCUGGAGAGCUUCCUGGAGGGCUUCCACGACGAAAGCACCCAGGUCCAACUGCAGCUGCUCACGGCCAUCGUGAAGCUGUUCCUGAAGAAGCCCACCGAAACGCAGGAGUUGGUGCAGCAGGUGCUCAGCUUGGCCACCCAGGAUUCCGACAACCCGGACCUGCGGGACCGAGGCUACAUAUACUGGCGCCUGCUCUCCACGGACCCCGUGGCUGCCAAGGAGGUGGUCCUAGCGGAGAAGCCGCUCAUCUCCGAGGAGACGGACCUCAUCGAGCCCACCCUCCUGGACGAGCUCAUCUGUUACAUCGGCACGCUGGCCUCCGUCUACCACAAGCCCCCCAGCGCCUUCGUGGAAGGCAGCCGGGGCAUCGUGCACAAGAGCCUGCCUCCUCGCACGGGCUCAAGCGAGAGCGCGGAGAGCCCCGAGGCGGCCCCCGCCGGCGCCCCCCCGGCCGAGCAGCCGGCCGUCAUCCCCACCCAGGGCGACCUCCUGGGCGACCUCCUGAACCUGGACCUGGGACCCCCGGUCAGCAGCCCUCCGGUGGCCACGUCCUCGGUGCAGAUGGGGGCCGUGGACCUCCUCGGGGGAGGGCUGGACAGCCUGAUGGGGGACGAGUCCGAAGGGCUUAGAGGUGAUGUGAGUGGCAGCCCUGCAAUGGGCGGCACCGGCUUUACGGCCCCCCCGGCAGCGGUGCCGGCCAACUCCGGGGCACCGAUCGGCGGCGGCUUGGGCGAUCUGUUCGACCUGACCGGUGGAGUGGGCGCCCUGUCGGGGUCUUACGUCGCGCCCAAGGCCGUGUGGCUCCCCGCCAUGAAGGCCAAGGGCCUGGAGAUCUCGGGCACCUUCAGCCGCCAAGCGGGUUCCAUCUCCAUGGACCUGUCACUGACCAACAAAGCCUUGCAGGUCAUGUCCGACUUCGCCAUCCAGUUCAACCGCAACAGCUUCGGCCUGGCCCCCGCGGCCCCCCUGCAGAUCAACGCUCCGCUCGGCCCCAACCAGACGGUGGACAUCUCCCUCCCUCUCAACACCAUUGGCUCCAUCAUGAAGAUGGAUCCCCUCAACAACCUCCAAGUGGCCGUGAAAAACAACAUCGACGUGUUCUACUUCAGCACCGUGUACCCUCUUCACAUCCUGUUUGUGGACGACGGGAAGAUGGAGCGGCAGAUGUUCCUGGCCACGUGGAAGGACAUUCCCAAUGAAAACGAGGCUCAGUUCCAGAUCAAAGACUGUCCCCUCGGAGCAGAGGCCGUGAGCAGCAAGCUGCAAGGCAGCCACGUGUUCACCAUCGCCAAGAGGAACGUUGAGGGCCAAGACAUGCUCUACCAGUCCCUCAAGCUGACCAACGGCAUCUGGGUCCUGGCAGAGUUGCGGAUCCAGCCCGGCAACCCCAGCUUCACGGAUCUGGAGCUGUCCCUCAAGUGCCGCGCCCCGGAGGUGUGCCCCUACGUCUACCAAGCCUACGAGACCAUCCUCAAGAACUGAAGGCCUCCCACCAGCCCCCUCCCCGCCAGCCUCGGCCAAAGCGGGGGGCCGGGCCGGGGGAG